AUGCCUGAGAAGAAUAUUGUAGAGGACGUUAUCGGCGACUUUGUGGAUAACUUCACGGAGUCUGUUCAGAAGAAGAAAAACGUUUCUUUCUUCGAAGAAGAAGACACCGUCGCCUCUCGUUUCAACCGUGUGUUCGGUCGCGAGAAGCCAAUCCAUCAUGUCUUAGGCGGUGGCAAAUCUGCUGAUGUGUUGUUGUGGAGGAACAAGAAGAUCUCUGCAAGUUUCCUGAUGGGAGCUACUGCAAUUUGGGUGCUUUUCGAGUGGAUCAAUUUCCAUUUCCUCUCUCUCGUUUGUUACGGUCUCAUGCUUGGUAUGAUCGCUCAAUUCGUUUGGUGUAAUGCCUCUGGGCUUCUAAACCGGUCACAGUCUAGAGUGCCUCGGCUUACUCUUCCAAAGGACUUCUUUGCGGAAGUUGGUGUGACCAUUGGAAAAGAAGUUAACCGUGGUUUGUUGUAUCUUCAGGACCUGUCUUGUAGAGGGAAUUUGAAACAAUUCCUCGCUGCUGUGAUCGGACUAUGGUUAGCCGCAAUGAUCGGGAGCUGUUGCAAUUUCCUAACUGUUUUGUAUAUUGGGUUUGUGGGAGCGCACACAAUGCCGGUUCUGUAUGAGAGAUAUGAAGAUGAAGUUGAUGGUUUUGUUGAUUCUAUGCUCAUGAAGUUUCAUACUCACUACAAGAAGCUUGAUUCUGGUUUAUUCAGUAGAAUGUCAAGUGGAAAGUUUGGGUUGAAGAAGCGUGACUGA